UCUCCCAACACCACAACUGGGAACAAGUCUUACAGGAUUGCAUCCUUUUCUUACAUCAUUUUGUGCAUUAACAGGAAAGUAGCCUCAUCUAUGAUGCUGGGGCCACCCUAUAACCACACAAUGAAAAACCCUGCCACCUUCUUCCUUGUGGGCAUCCCAGGUUUGCAGUCUUCACAUCUUUGGCUGGCUAUCUCACUGAGUGUCAUGUAUACCAUAGCCCUGUUAGGAAACACCAUCGUAGUGACUGUAAUCUGCAUGGAUUUCACACUACAAGAACCCAUGUACCACCUCCUCUGUGUUCUUGCUGCUGUAGACAUUGUUAUGGCCUCUUCUGUAGUGCCCAAGAUGAUGACCAUCUUCUCCUCAGGAGACAACUCCAUCAGCUUUAGUGCUUGUUUCACUCAGAUGUACUUUGUCCACGUAGCCACAGCUGUGGAGACAGGGCUGCUGCUGGCCAUGGCUUUUGACCGCUAUGUAGCCAUCUGUAAGCCCCUACGCUACAAGAGAAUUCUCACGCCUCAAGUGAUGCUGGGAAUGAGUGUGGCCAUCAUCACCAGAGCUGUCAUACUCAUGACUCCAUUGAGUUGGAUGGUGAGUCAUCUACCUUUCUGUGGCUCCACAGUGGUUCUCCAUUCCUACUGUGAGCACAUAGCUGUGGCCAAGUUGGCAUGUGCUGACCCUAUGCCCAGUUUUCUCUACAGUCUGAUUGGUUCCUCGAUUAUUGUGGGCUCUGAUGUGGUCUUCAUUGCUGUCUCUUAUAAUCUGAUUCUCCGGGCAGUAUUUGGUCUAUCCUCAAAGAAUGCUCAGUUGAAAGCUUUAAGCACAUGUGGCUCCCAUGUGGGGGUUAUGGCUCUGUACUAUUUACCCGGGAUGGCAUCCAUCUAUGUGGCCUGGCUUGGGAAGGACAUAGUGCCUUUGCACACCCAAGUGCUGUUAGCUGACUUAUACCUGGUCAUCCCACCCACUUUAAACCCCAUCAUCUACGGCCUGAGGAUCAAACAAAUACGAGAGCGUACAUGGAGCAUGCUGCUGUACUGCCUCUUUGACCACUCCAACAUGGGUUCAUGGCACAAAGUCUAUUGA